UGUGAAUUUUCUUUUGUAUGCAGCCGCCAACGUAAACCAUCCAAAUACCAAGAACGAAAAGCUUAGUUAACUGAGAUUAACCAUAGUUAAGUUAACUUGAAGGAAAGUGCCUAAGCCCUUAUGCAUCAACACUACAAUAUAUAUUUGAAUUUGACAACUGAGAAACCCCGUCAUUUCCGGAGAGACAACCAAACCAGACCAGAGGAACCCAAUUUACAAAUCACAACCAAACAUCAAAAAUACCUCCUUCAAUGGCGGUUUCUAGCACCUGUUGCGCUAGGGUUUUUCUUCCAUUUGAAUGCCGUCCUGACCCUAAGUUUUCCUCCAUUAUCAACCCAUAUAUUCCUUCCUCCGGCUCCGGUAAUCAUCGUCGGACUUUUUCUUCCGCCACUGGAGCAAGUUCUUUCUUUGGCUCUAGCAGGAUUUCUUCUCUGAUCUUGCGUUUCCCUCCGAAUUUUGUUCGGCAAUUAAGCACAAAAGCUCGCCGGAAUUGUAGCAACAUUGGUGUUGCACAAGUGGUGGCGGCUUCAUGGGCGAACAACUCUGCUGACUCAACAAACCCUUGCGGGGGCGUUCCUGCGGCUACUGCCUUCGACGCUGCCGCAAUCGCUGCUGUUGAUGCUCCCGUCAAUUUAAAUGACGAUGCUCCGGUGGUUGAUGAUGAUGUAAAAACUAACAGUUCUGGUGUUGUAGAUUUUUCUUCUUAUGAUUUUUUGAGCUCCGAUGGGAGCCUUACUAUUCAUGCUGGUGAAAGAUUAGGUCGUGGCAUAGUUACUGAUGCAAUCACUACUCCUGUAGUGAAUACUUCUGCAUACUUUUUUAAGAAAACUGCUGAUCUUAUUGAUUUCAAGGAGGGGCGUCAAACUAGCUUUGAGUAUGGUCGGUACGGCAAUCCCACUUCGCAGGUUUUAGAGGAAAAGAUUAGUGCACUUGAAGGCGCAGAAUCAACAAUGUUACUGGCAUCAGGAAUGUGCGCAAGUAUUGUCAUGAUGUUGGCUCUGGUUCCUGCCGGUGGUCAUAUUGUCACUACUACUGACUGCUACCGCAAGACUCGAAUGUUCAUUGAAAAUUUCCUUCCUAAAAUGGGGAUUAAGGCUACAGUCAUUGACCCGGCUGAUAUUGAAGGGCUGAAGUCUGCACUGAAUGAGAAUAAUGUUACUCUUUUCUUCACUGAGUCUCCAACCAAUCCUUUUCUUAGAUGUGUAGACAUUAAGUUGGUGACUGAACUUUGCCAUGAGAAAGGAGCUCUGGUUUGCAUUGACGGAACAUUUGCUAGUCCGCUGAACCAGAAGGCCCUAGCACUUGGAGCUGAUCUUGUUGUGCAUUCAAUGACAAAAUUCAUUGGUGGACACAAUGAUGUGCUUGGUGGUUGCAUCAGUGGUCCACAAAAGUUGAUCUCUGUGAUACGCAAUAUGCAUCACAUUCUUGGUGGGACUCUUAACCCGAAUGCUGCAUACCUAAUGAUUCGUGGCAUGAAGACCUUGCAUCUCCGUGUACAGCAGCAGAACACAACUGCUAUGAGGAUGGCCGAAAUUUUAGAGGCACAUCCUAAGGUGAAGUGCGUUUACUAUCCUGGUCUUCCAAGUCAUCCUGAGCAUGAGCUGGCUAAGAAACAAAUGACUGGCUUUGGUGGAGUGGUUAGUUUUGAGAUUGAUGGAGAUCUGAAUACCACCAUCAAAUUUGUUGAUGCGCUGAAGAUCGCUUACAUUGCUCCAUCAUUUGGAGGCUGUGAAAGUAUUGUCGAUCAACCAGCAAUCAUGUCUUACUGGGAUCUUAGUCAAUCUGAGAGGCUUAAGUAUGGAAUCAAGGAUAACUUGAUUCGAUUCAGCUUUGGAGUUGAGGAUUUCAAGGAUUUGAAGGCUGAUAUUCUUCAGGCCUUGGAGGCCAUAUAAGGCGCGCUAUCAUCAUCUUUUUCUCCAUCGCUUUGUUUUUAGGUUACUUUUUCAUCCCUAAUUAUAUAUCAGAGUGGAUCACCAGUUAGAUCCUCGAUUAUGUUGAUGUAUCAUUGCAUCCCGUUUUAGUUCAAUAAAGGGUUUCCUUUCUUUUGCGCUUA